AUGGAGACACCACUACCAACACAAGCAAAGAACAACACUCUAAAACGUCACAAGUCGGUUGACCGGUUUGACUACAUCAACAACGAGAAUCUAAAACUUGCAAUCCCAAUCGGGCCCCGUUUUCAAGCCCAUGUACCCGAAUGGACCGGCCCACCUCACAAAAAGACCCCCCACAAUUCUCUAACCUCUUCAAAAUGGUUAGGCACAGUGACAUGGUCAUCAACCGAAACUACAGAAGGUGACAUCAUCGUGAUUGGGAAAGGAAGACCCGAAUCUUGCAAUUGUGCAUCAAGUGGGUCCAUCAUGUGUGUGAAGCGCCACAUCGCUCAAAAAUCAUCCGAACUACAAAAAGACUUGGGACCCGCUUUCCAUAAAUGGAAGUUUGAUCAAAUGGGAGAAUCGGUAGCCAAGUUAUGGAAGCAACCAGAGCAGCAGAAGCUUACACAUCUAAUGAAAAGGGUGCCACUUUCAAAAGAUAUGGAUUUUAUAAAACCUGCAUUGGAAUGUUUUCCAUUGAAAUCCAAGAAAGAUAUAGUGAGCUAUUAUUUGAAUGUAUAUGUUCCUAGACGAAUGAGUGUGCAAACAAGGUCUGGUUGUAUAAUGGUAGAUACAGAUGAUGAAGAAAAGUCAAAGGGUGGACCUUGUUCUAAAGUGUCUAGGAAAAGGGCUCGAGCUGAUGCUACACCUUUGACCAGUUCUAAACUUGUGUUGACCAAGUAUUUAACUGCACGAAGAUGA